AUGUUUUCUCAUUAUUUGUAUGAAUCAGAUGAGUUCAUGCUUUGUAGUUGUUUCAGUAAUUUCCAGAUGAACAAGCUAAGACUUACCAGGAAAACUUUCCGAGAAGUAGGAAAGCAGGCAAGGGAUCUUUCUGUCAAUGAAUUCAGAGUUCCAAUUGUUAGAACUAAUGAGAUUGUUGUUGAAAACUUAGUUUAUGUUUAUGGUAUUAGAGCUUAUUUCCUACUGGUUGUAAGUUUUAGAAAGAGUUUCUUUGAGAGUAAAACACGUGAGCGAGAGAAACACUUAGGGUUUGAGAGAUUGAGAGAGUUGUGGGCAAAGAUGGCCUCUACAAGUUCAUCAACUCUUGAAGUUCCAAUCUUUACGAGAGUUCACUAUCAUCUAUGUUCUGUAAAAAUGAAAACUUAUCUCAAAUCACAAGGGCUUUGGAGAGUGGUUAAGACAGAUGAAGAACCCCCAUCUGUUAGAGGAAAUCCAACCAUUGCUCAAAUUAGAGCUCAUGAAGAUGAGUUGCUCAAGAAAGAUAAAGCUUUGACUUGUAUGCACUCGGGUUUAGCAGAUCAUGUUUUCACUGGAAUCAUGGAUUUAGAAUCACCAAAAGUUGUCUGGGACAAGCUUAAAGAAACAUAUGAAGGCACAGAUCGAGUCAAGGGGAUCAAGCUUUUGACUCUUAAGAGAGAGUUUGAACUCCUCAAGAUGAAAUAUGAUGAGCAUAUUAAGGAUUAUUUGGCAAGAAUCAUGGAUUUAGUCAACCAAAUUAGACUUUAUGGUGAGACUUUAUCUAAUCAGAAGGCUGUAGAGAAGAUUAUGAUUAGUGUUCCACAAAAAUUUAUGGCCAAAAUUUCUGCUAUUGAGGAGUCUUGUGAUCUGGAAAAGAUGACUAUUGCGGAGCUUACGAGCAAGCUACAAGCUCAAGAACAAAGAUCCUCUCUUAGAUCUAAAGAAUGUACAGAAGGUGAAUUUUAUGUUUUUGACAAAGGAAAGAAGCAGUACAUCAAGAAAAGAAAAGGGAAAGGCAACAAGAACAAAGAUCCAGAUGACUCAAGUUUAACAUAUCAAGGGAAGUUUCCUCCUUGCUCACAUUGCAAAAGAAAGAACCAUGCUGUUGGUUCAAGGACAAAGAAAAGCCAAAUUUCAAAUGCAAUUUUUGUAAGAAAUUUGGUCACACAGAGAAGUUUUGCAGAGCCAAAAAGGGAGCAGCAGCAAGGGGAGCAUUUAUUUGUGGUUUCUCAAGUAAUGAAGGCAUCUCAGAAUUUUACUAGGCUCAUUGAUAUUGGAUGUACAAGUCACAUGACAGCAGAUGCAACAAUUUUCACUAGCCUUGAUCAGUCUAUCAAGACAAGGGCGAAGUUAGGAAAUGGCUCAAUUGUACAGGCAAAAGGAAGAGGCUCAAUUUCAAUCAACACUAAGCAAGCAUAUGGGACUGAAUGUGAAGGUUGUAAACUUGGGAAAUCCCAUAGAACAUGUUUUCAACAAGGUGGAGUCAUUAGAGCUACUCAAAAGCUUGAGUUGGUCCACUCGGAUAUUUGUGGCCCAAUGCAGACACCCUUUAUUGGUGGCAGUACAUAUUUUCCUCUUUUCAUUGAUGACUUCACAAGAAUGACAUGGGUUUAUUUCAUGAAAACCAAGUCAUCAGUAUUUUCAAUAUUUAAGAAUUUUAAGAAGCUUGUGGAAACUCAAAGUGGUUGUGUGUUGAAGGUGUUAAGAACUGACAACGGGGGAGAAUACACGUCCUUGGAAUUCAAGUCCUUUUGUCAACAAGAAGGAGUAUUGCAUCAGCUUACAGUUCCUUAUUCUCCUCAACAAAAUGGGGUUUCGGAAAGAAAGAACAAAACAGUGACAAAUAUGGCCGAAGCUGUAGCUACUUCAGUUUAUUUGCUGAACAGAAUAGCUACAAGGGCAGUUGAGGAUAGAAGUCCUUAUGAAGUUUGGACAGUUAAAAGAACAAAGUUAGAUGAGAGAGCAGCAAAGGGAAUAUUUAUUGGUUAUUCAAAUGAGUCAAAAGGGUACAAAAUAUAUGAUCUUAAAAGCAAAAAAGUUGAGUUCGGUAGGGAUGUCAACUUUGAUGAGAACUCAUUUUGGAAUUGGGAGACACAUGAAAUUAAAAAACAUGAGUUUCCUUCCUUAUCCAUUUCAGAUGCCAGCCCUCAAGAUGAAGAUGAGGAUGAAUUAUUUGACGUGCAAAGCACUACCGAUUCUGCAGUCAUAAGAAGCAGACCUUUAGUGGAAGUGUAUAAAAGAUGCAACUUUCUUGUUGAUUUGGCCCAAAAUAAGCAUGCUAUUGGUGUUAAGUGGGUUUAUCGGACCAAAUUUAAUCUGGAUGGCUCAAUACACAAGAACAAGGCUAGAUUGGUUGUGAAAGGGUAUUCUCAAGUUGCUGGUAUUGAUUACGGAGACACAUUUGCUCCCGUGGAGGAAAUUUAUGUAUGUCAGCCUAAAGGUUUUCAGGUACAUUAUAUGGAGGACAAAGUAUAUAGGCUCAAAAAAGCAUUGUAUGGCCUUAAGCAGGCUCCAAGGGCCUGGUAUCAGAAAAUAGAUGCGCACCUAAUCCAACAAGGAUUUAGGAGGAGCGAAAAUGAGCUUACCUUAUACUUAAAGCAUGAAGAUAAUGAUUUAAAGUUGUUAUUGUCUUUAUAUGUCGACGACCUCCUUGUUACCGGCAAUGACAAAAAGGCUGUGGCUGAUUUUAAGAAGUAG